AUGGAACACGGCGCUGCAACGGCGCCACUACCAGAAGCUUUUCUCCACUUCUUACAAUCCAAUGGAAUCGACCCAUCCAUUUACACUUCAAUUGAUUCCACUCCACGAUACAUUCGGUUGAAACCAGGUUUUGAAGAUUGUAUUGAAGAUGUUGAAUCAGAAAUUAAAUGUAAACCCGAAAAAUUGGAAUGGUUGCUAGGGUUUUACACUCUUCCACCUCAUAUUCAAAUUGCUAGCACUAAGGCAUACCAAGAAGGAAAGAUAUAUGGUAUUGAUGCAUCUUCUGGAGCUGCUGUUAUGGCUUUAGGUAUAUCACCGGGGGAUCAUGUGUUGGACCUAUGUGCUGCUCCUGGUGCUAAACUUUGUAUGAUACUAGACCUUCUUGGUGAUUCGGGCUCUGUAACUGGAGUUGAUGCUGCAAGGCAUCGGUUGGCAGCGUGUAGAACAAUGCUGCAGAAGUAUAAACUGGGUGAUAGAUGCCGGCUUUUUGUUGCUGAUGGAACAACAUUUUCAGUUAUUCCUGAGGGGUUUCGUUCUGAUUCUGAAUCAUGUGAGUCUAGAUCGGAAGAAAGAAUGGACGUGUUCAAGGAGUGGACAUCUAGAAGACCAUGGAAAGAAAGGAAAAAAGCAAAAAAGUGUGGCACUCCACAAGUGGUGUCUAAGUCUCACCCUCCUGAACUCAUAUAUUAUGGACGGCAUUCUGGAGUUAUUGGUCUUACUAAAGGAGACUUAUAUAAGACCGUAUCCGAAAAUGAGAUUGCAGGCUAUGGCUAUGACAAAGUCCUUGUGGAUGCAGAAUGCACUCAUGAUGGUUCAGUUAAACAUAUUCAGAAGUUUGAACAUUGGGGCUGGGUAACUCUUCAACGUCGUGUGCUGGAUGCUGAGAGGACGGAUAAUUUACAUGUUCUUCAGCUGAAUCUUCUCACCAACGGUUUCAGACUACUAAAAGUUGGAGGAUCACUCGUCUAUAGCACUUGCAGUUUAACUGUUGCACAAAAUGAAGAUGUGGUAGAACAGUUCUUGAAGGAAAAUAUAACUGCCGAGUUGACAGAGAUAGAUGCUGCCAGAAAAUGGCCUUGCAAGGGUGGCCGCAUACAAAAAACAUGGCGGUUUGACCCAUUAACAUCACAAACUAGUGGACUCUUUGUGGCAAAAUUUAGAAAAUUAGCCCUUUGA